UUCGAGUAAAAAAAAAAAAAGAAAAAACUUGUGGUAUCUUGCUUCUAGCCUGGAGCUUAAACACUGUAGAAUUCUUUCCCCACUCUGCUUUUUAAUGCUUUUAGUCUCCGGCUGCAGAGGAUCUUCUCUUCAAAGUCAUGUGGACUCCACUAUACCUAAUCUUUAUUGUUACCAUCAAUACGUACCUCACCAAUGGAUACGAAGGAUCGGGGUACUCACCACUGGAAGAUGAUGAGGAUAUUUAUGCACGCAAUAGAUAUACCAACACAGAUUCCCCCAGUCCUUGGUGCUCCCCAAUCAAGGUUAAGCAUGGCCAUGCAACUUGCACAAGUCCAUAUGGAUCCUAUUACAAAAAUGUGAAAGGGACAAGAUGCCACAUUUCUUGCCAAAAAGGCUAUGAGCUCCAUGGAGCAGCACAUGUAAUAUGUCAGACAGACAAACGUUGGUCUGGAAAGUUUGCAUGCAAACAAAAACGAUGUCCUUCUCUGACUAUGCAAAUGCACGGAGGAUUCAAGUGCUUGGAUGGGGCAUAUUUUAAUUCCCGCUGUGAAUUCUACUGUUCCCCGGGGUAUCAACUGAAAGGAGACCGAGUUAUAACGUGCAUGGAUAACAAGGCAUGGAGCGGAAAACCGGCUACCUGUGCGGAUCUGGAACCUCCUAGAAUUCAGUGUCCCAGUGUUAAAGAAAAGGUGGCAGAACCAAAUAAGCUGACUGCAAGAAUAUUUUGGGACACCCCUGAAGGGCGGGAUACAGCUGAUGGCAUUUUAACAGAUGUGGUCCUGAAAGGCCUGCCACCAGGGUCUGACUUUCCAGAAGGGGAGCACAAAAUUCAGUAUACAGUAUUUGACAGGGCCGAGAACAAAGCUUCAUGUAGAUUUACUGUGAAAGUACGAGUAAGGCGCUGUGUUAAGCUGAACGCUCCAGAAAAUGGAUACAUCAAAUGUUCAGGGGCCGGAGAUAAUUACGGGGCAACGUGUGACUAUUUUUGCGUUGGUGGUUAUGAGUUGCAAGGAAGCCCAGCCCGUGUCUGCCAAUUUAAUUCAGAGUGGUCAGGAACAGAGCCAACAUGCUCCUUUAUGAAUAUUAAUGUUGCGAUAAGGAAUGCAGCUGAGUUUCUGGAUCAAUUUUAUGAAAAAAGAAGAUUAUUAAUUGUCUCAACACCCACUGCCGCUGAUUUAUACUACCGAUUGCAAGUUGGAAUGUUACAGCAAGCUCAAUGUGGUCUAGACCUGCGGCAUGUUACUGUGGUUGAAUUAUUUGGUGUAUAUCCAAAAUACAUUGGGAGGAUUGGGCGCAGGCUUCUGCCUCCUGUCUUAGGACUGCAAAUUAGGCUGCUGCUAAGGAUCCCUCAAAACAAGUUCCAGGUGGUGAUUGUGGACAAACAUGGAGUGGACAAGGAGCGAUAUGCUUUCCCUGUCACCAAUCAAGAUCUCUUCGCACUCAUUGACACUUUCCCUCUUAGAAAGGACGAAAUGAAAUUUCAAGCCGAAGCAGGUCACACCUGUAACUGAUCUGCAAAUUGCUCCGAUUUUAUAAAAACUGAUGGUGCUUUUCUAUUACACAUACGUGAUGUACAGAUUUCUUUAUAAUGUUUUAUACUUUAUUUUUAUGUUUGUUUUGUAUGGAAUAUGCAUGAAGCCUCAAAUACAGCUGGUAUACAAAUACACAGAAUUUGCAAUCUUGUAGCUCUCUUUGAAGCUUCAUGUACAUAUAAAAUAAAAAUAAUCUCGAGUGGUGAGUGUUCUGGGCAGGCCUUUUCUAUUCUUGAAAAAUUGGGUAUUUUCUGUUAUAAAGAUAAAAAUAAAGUAUUUUUUAUGCAGGCUGAUAUCCUAUUGUGUACUGAAUCGCAGAACAGAACAAUGCAUUAUUUUAUAUGGUUAAGAAAUAACAAAAAAUAUAUAUAUAUAACUGCCCAUUAAAAGAAGUUCUUUCACAAAUUGCUAUUUAUUUUAUGUUUCAAAUGACCAGAAAUAGGAUUUGUAAAAUAGAAAUGAUCCCUUUAAAGUUAGCUUUAAGUCUAUUUUUUAAUAACAUCGAUAUAUAUGCAGACUUUGUGAUAUUAUGAAGUUAAACGUAUGCUCAUAAUCUGUAUACGUGUUAUUAUAGUUCUAUUGAGUGAUUGAAUUAUAAAAACGUUAUUUCACAAGAA